AUGGGAAACCCUUUACAUUUAUCAUCUUUGAAUCAUAUUUCUCUGGUGUGCAAAUCAGUUGAGGAGUCCACUGAUUUUUAUGAAAACAUUCUAGGGUUUGUCCCUGUGAAGAGGCCUGGAUCUUUGAAAUUUGAUGGGUCAUGGCUAUUUGGCCAUGGAAUUGGGAUCCACUUAUUGCAGUCUGAAGAUCCGGAAAGUUUGACAAAGAAAACUGUCAUUAAUCCAAAGGAUAAUCACAUGUCUUUCCAGUGCGAGAGCAUGGGUAUGGUGGAGAAGAAGCUGACGGAGAUGGGGAUCAACUACGUGCGACAGCGGGUAGAAGAAGGUGGAAUCUACGUUGAUCAGCUAUUUUUCCAUGAUCCAGAUGGAUUCAUGAUUGAAAUCUGCAACUGUGAUGAUCUUCCUGUAAUCCCAUUAGCUGGAGAGAUUAUCAGAUCGUGCUCCAGAAUCAAUCUGCAGAUGAUCCAGCAGCAGGGUCACUUGAAAGUCGAGUCUGUCUUAGAUUUUUCUGCUUAA